AGUUGGUUCAGGUUGUGAACAAAUGUCCAGGGUGGAGUGACCGAAUCUUGAGUUGUGGGUGCGGCAAGUUGCAUGUACUUCAGUCAUAGUGUGCAAAAGGAAGAUUGCGGUCGCGUUGCUGCGUCCCCGGAAAAACAAAGGCUGAGGCGAACCUGGUCGACUUCUUGCUUUCUCAGCACCUACUGAGUGAAGAACCAUGUUUGGUGGGUGGAUUGCAAACCAGUCAUCAUAAACAGGAGUGGUCGGGGUAACCAUGGUGUCAUACAUGACUCAGUUUGACGGUGGUGACAUGGUUGAGCCAGCACCAAGUCACCUCCACUAUGGCGACAUCAUCUCACUCUACUCGGAAGGCAACACCACCGGAUUCGUCAGCACCCUAGGUCUGGUGGAUGACCGGUGUGUGCUGCGCCCCGAUGCCGGCUCACUGUCGAAACCACCGGUCAAGUUCAGAGACUGCCUGUUCAAGGUGAUGCCCAUGUUUCGCUACGCCGCGCAGAAGCAGUUCAUCGAGGCGUUGCGACACGAUGCACAGACGUUUCCUGACCAGCUUGUUAUCGAGCGGCUGCGGUAUGCCGUGGAGCUGGAGAAGCAGCAGAAUGAAGCUGAGAUGGCCGACAGUCUCGGACAGCAGGUUCUCUACGGCAGCGCAGUACAGCUGUUGCACAUGAAGAGUAACAAGUUCCUCACCAUCAACAAGAAGAUGCCAGCGGCCAUGGAGAAGAAAGCGAUGCGAGUCCAGCUAGAUCAAUGGGGAAACGAGGGGUCUUGGCUGUACGUACAACCCUACUACAAACUGCGAUCGCCCGGUGACAGCGUUGUUGUGAAUGAUGUGAUUUCACUGAUGUCCGUCAAUGCCGGUCAGCCACUCAACGUCAGCAAGCUCACCCUCACCGACCAUCCGGAAUGCCAAGAGCUGAAUGCUAUGUGUGCGGAUACUCGCUGGAAGGUGGUGCUGUUUCUCUCCUACAAUGAAAACCGGGACGACAUCCUCAAGGGGGGUGAUGUAGUGCGCCUCUUCCACGCGGAGCAAGAGAAAUUCUUGACCCUGGACACGUUUCAGAAGAAGAAAUAUGUCUUCCUGCGAACGUCGGGCAGAGCCAAGAAAACGGACGCCACCAGCUCCAAAGCAUUGUGGGAGGUUGAGGUUGUACAAGUGGACCCUUGUCGCAGCGGUGCUGCACACUGGUGCAGCUAUUUCCGUUUCAAGCAUCUCGCCACCGGCCUCUAUUUAGCUGCUGAGGUUGACAAAGAUCCUACUGAAGAUGAGAUGCGAGAGAAGCUACGUGGCUCCUCAGCCACAGUAUACCAGCUCGUCCCCGUCGCAGACACGGACAACAAUGUCAAUGUGCUGUUUGAACUUGUCGGCACCACUGUGUCGCAUGUCGACGGAUUUGUACUCAGAGGUUCGUACGUUCGUCUCCGUCAUCUGUGCACCAACACCUGGAUCCACAGCUGUACGAUUCCCAUCGACAAGGAGAAGGAGAAGCCCGUCAUGCAGAAGCUUGGUGCCGCCGCACUGCGUGAUGAUCGCGAAGCCUUCGCUCUGGUACACGUCUCGACGUCUGAGAUCCGCGAUCUCGACUUUGCCAACGACGCCAGCUCGGAGCUGAACAACUUGGCGCGCAAGCUGGGCGAUCUCACGAUCACAGUCGGAGAGAAGAAACGUGCCAUUAACCUGCUGACAGAGCUGAUCUUCUUCGUCAUGAAGAUCGAGAACAGCGGGCAAGAUCCAUUUGCAGUCACCGGCACUCCCAAUCGUGAUCGACAGAAACUGCUGCGCGAACAGAACAUCAUAGAUAAGAUCUUUCUGAUUCUGGAGUCGCCGUUUAAGAGUCCAGGUAAUGACAUCGCUCCACUGGCACGGCUUGAUCAGCUUGGUGAGAAGAAACAUGAGCUGCUGAAGAGAAUGUGUCGACUCUGCUACCGCGUCAUUGAGUUUGCACAGCAGAACUACCGCAAGAAUCAGGAGCACAUUGCUAACAAGAGGUUUAGUUUCAUGCAGAACCAGAUUGGCUAUGACAUCUGCGCCGAGGACACUGUCACAGCCAUGUUGAACAACAAUCGCCAGCUCCUGGAGGAGCACAUCAAGCCGAAAGACAUUGAAGUGUUCGUGCAGCUCAUUCGCCACCAUCGCAAAGAAUCCGUGGGCAGUGGUGCUGCUCGGUUCCUUCGCCAUCUGUCCGACCUGUGUGUGUGCAACAACCAAGCCAUACCUCACGUACAGGAACUCAUCUGCAAGACCAUACUCCUGGACAAAGCCAACGAGGACAUCUUACUAACUACAGCCCGAGGCGAGGACGACGCUGUACUGAUCACUGCCUCACAGGCUAAGACCUACACCUUGCACGAGCUGGCAGAUCUAGCUGACGACGAACCCGCCGAUAUAGCCUUGCUAGAGUAUUACAGAUGUCAGUUGGAUCUGUUCUCACGCAUGUGCCUGGACCGACAGUAUCUUGCUAUCAACAAGCUGGCUGAGGACUUGCCCAUCGACCUGGUCUUUAGCGCAAUGUGUGAUAGUACCCUGCCGUACAACCUACGCGCCACGUUCUGUCGUCUCAUGUUGCACCUGCACUUGGACCGCAGCCCCCAGGAGACCGUGAACCCCAUCGAGCUGGCCAGGCUCUGGGACGAUAUACCGCGCACGCUGGACAUCGGAAAGUACAUGUCCAAAGCGACGAUAAGCACCCGUGCGGCCAGUGUAUCCAAUCCGGCCGAGGAGAUGUGCAGCGACCAUCGUGGCAGUAUGAGCAAGCCCAGGCGGACCUCCGCACCAAACCGAGGAGGAAUGGAGGGCCUGUCACGGCAGCUGGUCGCUAUCGGUCGCCACCAGAAGCUGGUCAACAUGAAGAGCUUUGUAGAGAGGUAUCUAACACAGGCUAAGGUCUCCGGUCUCAACAUGGAGCAGAACCAGUUCACUUUCGAGGUGAUCAAGUUAGCCAAGCACAUGAUCUUCUUUGGUUUCUACAACUUCAAGGAGUUGCUCCAUCUCACCGAACUGCUGCUGGACAUUCUAGAGCCGUUCACGCCCGCCGUUCCUCUCAAAUUGCCGCCCACACGAGUGGCAGGCAUGCACCGUGCUACCAGCAUGCACCUGAGAGACGGGAUGAUCUCCAAGAGCAGUGAGCACGCGAAUCUGACAGAAGAGGAGCGCAUGGGAUUACUAGACACGGUCCAGAUCGACAUGAAGCUCAUGAUCAUUGACAUGCUGCAGUUCAUCGUGGACGUACGCCUCGACUAUCGCAUCUCCUCGCUGCUGGUCAACUUCAAGAAGCAGUUCAACGCCACGCAGUCGGAGAGGGAGAUCAUCCUGCACAAGGGAGGCACGCCACCACCGAACUCAUGCAUCUUUGAACACAGCGCAGUGCUGAAUGCAGUCGAGAAGGUCUUUGCCGGCUAUGACAGUUCAACGCCAGAGUCUGACAUUCUCGAGCUGGACAAGGAGAAAGGCGGACGCUUUGUUCGCAUCCUUCUCUACCUGGGCAUGUUGAACUAUCCGUCGUCAGUUGUUUCCGGUGCACUCAGCCUAUUCUUUAGGCAGUUCAGACAGCGAGAGGAGCUCAUGGAUUCUGUCAAACAGGUCCAGUUACUGGUAACACGGCAGGAUCAAGAGAAUUACCACAUUAUCCGCAAGAAGAUCGACCGCCUGCGCAAUCUGGUCGAGAAAUCCGAACUCUGGGUAUCCAAGCAGCGCGAGACAAAGCGGUCACGCCUUGGCCUAUCUUCUUUGUCAAGACUGUUGGCCAACCAGGAGAAUUCCAAGUCAAUGGACCAUGACGGCGAUAUUGAUGAUCGAGAGUGGCAGGCAUCAAUGGCAGAGAAGAACUACGAUACAGUCAAGGAGGUGCUGGUUACGUUCACCACACUCAUGCAAGGUCACGGUAGAGGGGAGCAUGAGCAGAGGCUGCUGCGCAAUAUGGGCGCGCACACCGUCAUCCUCGACCUGCUGCAGAUCAACUUUGACAAGACGGUGGACGUCCGUAUGAUGGAGAUCAUGGAACUGGCGCACAGUUUCCUGCAAGCGUUCUGUCGCGGCUGUCGUAACAACCAGUCCUUGCUGUACGAGCAGAUCCACCUGUUUAUGUCUGAAGGAGGAGAUAUGCAACUUCUCGAGGUGGAAACCAUGCGGUCCAUCUUUCAGAACAAUCCCGAUCUAUGUAUGAAGAUCUCCGGUGACUUGGUGUCUCACAUCUUCCAUUGUCUGGAGAAGGAGCGGCAUGUCCGCUAUCUACAGUUCCUACAGGCGGUGGUCAAGGUGGAGGGGCAGAACAUGCGCAAGCUGCAAGACCUCGUCAUGCAGGAGCUCGCUAGCUCUGGUGAUGACGUACUGGUGUUCUACAACGACCCGAAGGCCUACACGCACCUGUGCGAGCUGAUGCAGUCGCCGACGGAGCGGCUGCACGAGAACACGGAACUGUCGUUCCACGUGCACCUGGUGCGCCUGCUAGCCCUGUGCACGGAGGGCAAGAACAUCUUCACCGAGAUCAACUGCCACAGUCUGCUGCCUCUGGACGACAUCGUCAAGAUCAGCAAACACGACGACUGCCCCGCCGAGAUCAAACUGGAGUACAUGCACUUCUUGAUACACUGCUACAUUGACACCGAGGUGGAGAUGAAGGAGAUCUUCUCCAGGGAGUACAUCUGGACUGUGUUCAAUAUAUUCACUGAAGAUGUUGAGAAGCUCUUGUCAUCGGGGCCCAACGUACCGAAGCGUAACCUGAAUCCGAAGAUGACCGAGUACCUGGCUGUCGUCAUGAUGUUGGUGAUACGGCAAUACUUCUCCUCCACCUUCUUAGAUCCCGCUGUCAUCUGGGCACAUCAAUCCUACCUAGUCCGUCUAUUGGAGAGCUGUUUCCUGUUGCAUGGCAGUUACAUUAUCACCAAACACCAGCAGCAUUGCAUCUCGGAGACCAUCAGCAGUCUAUUCUAUGUUGCCCGCGUGCACAACAUUGCGCUACCAUUUGAGAUCAUGUCGCGGCGACGCAAGUUCAACCAGACCUCGCCACCCACCAACUUCCGCAUGCCUCGCAUCUCCUCACCUGGCUUACGCUGCAAUCAGCCAUGGGGAAGACGGCUCGGUGGGAAGUCCUUUCUCAGCGUACCAAAGACGCAGGAGGAGAAUACAAAUGAAUCGGCUUCCGACAAUCAGUCGUCGUCGUGCGAGUCAUCAGACUCGACCAAGUCCGUUGAGCGUCACUUUGUGACCGUGUGGAAGAGAGGUACCAAGUCACUAGCCGGCCGCGUGUCUGUAUCGGAGGAUGAGGAGGUCAUCGCCAAGAAAAGCUCCAUACUGGAUGUGUAUGAGUGUCUUCUAGACCACUACUCCAGAAAGUUCUCCGCGGAUGUGCAAGAAGAGCGGCUGGUUCUUGUUGAUCUACUCCACGAGCCUGAGCUUCUCUUUGCACCACAGUCUCGCGGCUGGGAGCUGGCUAGGAAUGGCGGCUACUUGAAGCGACUGGUUACGUACACAAAGGAAUUUGCGUCGGGCAGCGAUGAGAAGCUGUGCAUAAACAUCCUGCAGACGUUACAGCAGAUCCUCUCUGUCGGUCCGUCCGGAGAGAGGAAAAGAACGGGUUUGUGUCAGCGACUUCUCUGUCACUACAUCUAUGGUGCAGAUGGGCUGUGCAUUGCCGAAGAUACCAAGAAAACCACUGUGAUGAGUCGCUUCACAAGCCUGUCGCUGAGUCUGAACUCGCUACGUGGCCUGCAUACCAAGCAAUCCAUGCGCCCAAGAACCAGCUUACAGCAGUUACGCCGCUCGUCACAGAACACCAUGCCGCGGCCAGACUUGCUGGUGCUGGGCAGCCCAUCCGUGGUCAUGCCUGGCGGUGGUAGUGGCGGUGCGUCGCUACGCAGUUGCCAGUCUGUCAACAGCACCCCAGGCGGCGCCACCAACGCCGGCACCACGUCCAGCACUCCCGCCGGGGGUUGUGAUGACGACGGUAGCCCUGGCAACGGAGGUGGCAGUGGCGGAUCGGCCAUGGUGUCUCCACCAUCUGCACGCCAGCACCGGCAGAGUAUUCUGACAUUACGACAACCUCAUAAUACUUAUCUAAUGAAGGAUGAAGAAAAGGAAGUUCCUGAUCAUCAUAACAUUGUCAUCAAUCCGGCCGAGAAGUCAAUCACCUUCACUUCGGUUCGCCGACACUCGAUGCAAUGUCUGAUGGACGAGAGCGGUGUCACCGAUCUUGUUAUCGACCUGGUCAUGUCCAACACGUCUGACGAUCUCUUCCAUCAGAGUGUCUUGCUGGGAAUCAAGCUGCUCGAUGGCGGAAACAGCACAGUCCAGAUGUCCUUCUUCCACAACUUCUGUCAGACUGCCAACGAUAGCUUCUUCUCCGUCAUCCACAGUCGCAUGGACGAAGCGCUCAAGGAAAUCCGGAGCAGCAUCUCUGUCAGUGUGGCACAGAAAGGCAGUGCUUACGGCGGCUCUGACGAUGGCCACAUACCGCCCACCAACCCGGCCAGCGUAGCCCACACGGGCUCACCCGCUGUCAACAUGGGCGGCACAACUCCAACCGGCGGUGCUGGCGCUGGCGGGGGCCUCAUGGCACAGGUGUCGCCAACGGUUUCAAGACGCAGCUCCCUGACCACCUCUGAUCGCUCACAGAUCACCCGAGUGGCGGAAACACACCUCGCAUCCAGCCGAUUGCCUCGCAACGGCGAGCGGCCAGAGCGGACGCUGCGGCGCAGCAACUCUAGGUUCCUGUGCUCCAAGACACCAGACCUCUCCUCCAUCCCGCAAAUGUCAACCCCAACCGCUAGCCUCACGGCUGGCGGUGGCGGCGGUAUUUCCCCGUCCUUGAGCAGCGCCAACAUUGCAGCGGCAGCCCAAGCAGCGGCAGCGGCAAUGGGUACAUCCUCGGGCGCGGGAGCUGCUCACAGCGGAGAGCACGAGAUGAGCGGCAUUUUGAAGCUGCGCCGCGUGUCUGAAACUCUCACCGAACUGUUCAGCACCGCUGAUCCGCUUGGAAGGCUCAAGCGUCAGAAUUCCACUUCACCGCCCACGCCCGGGGGUGGCUCGCGCACUGCAUCACCACUGGAGGACAACAGGCCGGGCAGUCAGCUGGACGAGGAUAUUGUUCUCAAUGUCGGCGUGGUGGCCGAGGUAGAGCCCAUUCUCAGGUUUCUGCAGCUGCUGUGCGAGACGCACAACCACAAAUUGCAGAAUUACAUUCGCAAGCAGCAUAACACACGCAACAGUUACAACAUGAUACACGCUACAUUACAGCUGCUGUGUGCUAUGUGCGGUGGUGCUACUGGCGGCAUGGGAUUGUUAGGUUUGUUUGUGACCCAGGCCAAGGUGCCGUUGAUCAACCAGUGCCUGGAGACGCUGACCGAGUAUUGCCAGGGACCGUGUGCGGACAACCAGUCGGCCAUUGCCAAUCAUGACAGCAACGGUAUUGACAUUGUCAUCGCUGUCAUGAUGAACGACAUUAGCCCACUGCAGGAGACUAACAUCAACCUCGUACUGCAGCUCAAGAACAACGCCAGCAAGUGCUUAUUGGCUAUCAUGGAGAGUCGCCAGGACAGCAUCCUGGCCGAGCGCAUUACCCAGCGAAUACAACCAGCAGAUCUGCUCAACCUGUGUGUCAACGCUUUUGCAGCCGGCAAGGAUAGCCGUUUUGUGGACGCUGACAGCGAAGACGCUUUGUCGGCAAUAACAGUUGGCCAUAAUCUCUACAUCUUAGCUCAUCAGUUAUCACGUGAUGACAAGGAGCUACAGUGUGCCAUGAAGCUGUAUCAGGACAGUGGCGAUGAAGGCAUCCUUUACUACCACCAACACACUGCACAGAUUGAGAUUGUUCGUGAGGAUCGUCGCAUGGAGCAGAUCGUGUUCCCAGUUCCCACCAUCUGCAGCUACUUGACCAAGGACAGCAAGGACAAAGUCAAGGAGACUGUUGUCCCCGACAACCAGGGCAGCAAAGUGCCAGACUUUGCUAAUCGUGUCGAGAAGCUCUUCAUGGAGAUGAAGUGGCAGAAGAACUUGAAAGACCGGUCUCUUCUAUACAGACUAUGUCAAAUGGAGAACGUCUGGUCACGUGCCUCCUUCAUGCUGGCGGUCAUCAUCAAUCUUGUUGUCGCCAUCUUCUAUCCGUUCGAUAACUACCGAGAGUUUGUCGGAGCCACGACAGUGUUCUUCCACAUCUCCACACUGAUCACCAUGCUGGGCUGCUGCCUGUCACAUGUCAAGUUUGGCAGUGGCGAAGCACUGUACCUAUUCCUGUUCUGUCUGCUCUCCGAGAUGAUCAUACACCUGGACGAGGGGAAGACUCUGUUCUUUCUUGCAGCCACUCAGCUGCUCAACCGGUGCCUAUGCGUGCUGGCGUUUCUCGGCAAUCACGGCUUCUUCUACCACGAGGACACCGCCGUGCACAGCACAACACGCAGCGGUGGUGGCAUGGAGGCAAGCAUGAGCGAUGAACUGGCCAGCAACCAGGCGUCGCAGGAAUCCGUGUUGGAAAACAGCAACUACUGCGCCGACAAUGACGACUGUGUUGGUCUUCUUGCAUCCGGGCCUGACGAUGAGAGUAGAGGCAAGGCUGAUGGAGCAAUGCAGGCGCAGUCGGUGACUGCCAGUUUCCGCAGCCUGAGCACGUUUGAUGUUCACUACCAAGCGGUGUACUUGCUGAUCUGUCUGCUCGGCUUCGUGCAUGUGUUCUUCUUCAGCUUGCUGCUUUUCGACAUCUUGUUCCGCGAGGAGACUCUGUUGAACGUCAUCCGCAGUGUCACCAAGAACUCACGCUCUCUUUUGCUGACAUUCUUUCUCGCGCUCAUUCUCAUCUAUAUGUUCUCAUUGAUUGGCUACGUCUUGUUCCAGGAUCACUUUGUAGUUGAAGUAGAUACGUGCAAGCAUCCUCCAGAAGAGUCCUGGAUAACCCUGCUCACUAGCUACUUCAUAAACACCACCAAUAGCAGCACCGAGUCCCCGCCAGCAACAACCAUGGGUAGCAGCAGCUCUGCUGCCGUUGCUGCGGCAACAGCCUCUGCAGCUGGCUUGGCGUCGUCGGCAUCGCAGCAUGCAUUCCGCACGCCCGAGACAUGUGACGCCGCCGGUGGCGGCUGUGCGGCGUCGUCGCCAAUGGCAACUGGGUCUGUGCCUGAGGAUGGUGUGUCGUCGUUCCUGGCGGAGAAGGCUAACUGCACGACGGUGCGGGAGUAUCGCUGCGAGACACUGCUCAUGUGUAUCAUCACUGUGUUUGACCAGGGUGUGAGACAUGGUGGUGGUAUUGGUGAAAUACUGCAGUCACUAUCCAGUGGGGAGCCGAAGUUUGUCCUGCGCCUCAUCUACGACCUGCUGUUCUAUUUCUUGAUCAUCAUCAUCGUUCUCAACCUGGUGUUUGGUGUGAUCAUCGACACGUUUGCUGACCUGAGAACCGAGAAACAGGAAAAGGAAACUCUGCUGAAGAACAGCUGCUUCAUUUGUGGCUUGCCACGCAAGUCGUUUGACAACAAGGAGACAACGUUUGAGAAUCACACGGAAGUGGAGCACAGCCUGUGGAACUAUCUCUCCUUCAUUGUACUGGUUAAGGUGAAGGAUCCCACGGAGUUUACUGGACCGGAGAGUUAUGUGGCUAACAUGAUGAAGUGCAAGAAUUUGGAUUGGUUCCCUCGGCUGAGAGCCCUGUCGUUGGCGACGGCGGAGGAUGCGGAAAUGGAGCAGAAUGACACGCACAGCAUGCACUGCCUCUUGCGAGAGACACAGACCCUUGUUCGUCAUCUCAGCCAGCAGCUGGAUGAUGUCAAGGAUAAGAUGGCCGCGGAAAAGAAGUUCACUCAACGUCGGCUGAUGCUGCAGUCAUCCUAUGGCAUCCCCACGUCGACAAUGCAUGCACCUCCAUCCUGUUUUAAUCAAGAUCAGUCGUUGCUGUUCAAAUCCCGCUUCCUGAUGUCGAACCAGCUCGACACGACAAUGCCAUUUGACCUUGGUGCCGGGCAUCCUGCACCGGCUUCGACUGCCCUCCCGCCGACGUCUCCGUCGUCGUCGACAACGCAAGGCCAGUCUUACGCCCGCGCCGACUCCCGAUCCGUGGACUACCCGUCAUUGCCUGCGCGCACUUCGACCUCGCUGAGCGUGGACGGUAGCCAGGGGUCGGGGCCGUCGUCGGAGAACCAAUCCGGCACCCCGCAGCAGCGGCAGUCCGUCACUGGGGCGCGCUACUCCAUGGGUGCCAGCGGCCCGGUCGGCACGACGACGAUGCCGGUGCGCAACUCCGACAUCAACAGCUGCUACAUGCCGUCGUCGCAGGACAUAGCCGCUCCGGCUGCUGCUGCGUCGCCGUGCAAGUCGCAGCCGAUGCGCUCCAACAGCCUCGUGAUGUACGAGAGAAUGUCGCCAAGCCUAACGUCGUCGGUGUCGCCUGCGUCUCAGCAGUAUGCGCUGAACAGUCGACGCUUCUCUCGGAACUCGCCCGUCCUGGACGGCGUGUUUGUCCGGCGGAGCGGCGAUAGUGCGUCUCCGAUGAUGUCCAGGUGUUCCUCUCACCACGGCCUGAUGGCUCACCAGCACAGUGGCACUAGUGAGGACCUGGUGGACGCGCUAUCGUCUCCGCUUCUCUCGCCCACGCCGUCGCGACGCGCCUCCGUACUGCGCCAGCAACAAGCGUCGCCGACACCUGGCGCGACAAGCUCUCCACUGGUGCCAGCACUGUCGCACACACCCAGCCCUUGCCUGUCGCCGAUGUCAAGAAGCCCGUUGACCGUCAUCGAGCAUCCCAAACCCUAUCACCACGAGCAGCAGGAGCGGCGGCAGAACCAGUUCCCGAUGACGAUCGAUGCGCGUAGGGAGGCUUGCACGUCGCCAGCACGGGAUAUCUCGCACCCCAUACCGAUCAGUCCGUGCCGGUCUCCCAUCAUGUUUUCCGACCAAUCAGCGCUGAGCAGCCCGCGAAGAAGGCACUCCAAUGUGUCGCCGCGUGCCUCCCAGCAGAUCAUCCCGUCGUCCAACUCGUGCUUCCGCCGCAUCUCACCCAGCAACAGCACCACCACCGCUGCUGCCCCCAACCACCACCAGCAGCAGCAUGUGAGCCACGACGACUGGCUUUCGUCCGCAGUCCUGCCGUCCAGGAUUCCAGUGUCCUCCAGGGGCAGCAGCGUGAGCAGCAUCGGCAGCAGCGGUAGCAGUAAUGCGAGCGGCGGCGGCCUGCCCCGUAUGGACCAGGGGCUGAGCGAGUCGCUGGGACGCCUGCAGCGCACCACGCGCCGCGUGCGCUCCGCCCUGCUGGAGAGCCAGAGCGAGGCACAGUCGCCAGUGCCCACCGCCGUCAUGUACAUUCACAAGAACAGUGCAUGACAAGAAUGAUGUCAUCAAUUAUGUCAUCAAUGAUGUCAUCAACGAUGUAAUCAACGAUGUAGUCAAUGAUGUAAUGAAUGAUGUAGUCAAUGAUGUCGAGUGUGGGCUGGUCUGUUGGUCAUGACCCAUUCCUGGAACCGUCGAGGCUCAUGCUAAGGCCAGCUAGUGACAGUAGUGUGCCGUCACUAUUCUUCAAUCCGCGCCUAAGGUCUCCACCCUCGCACACACACGUGUCCAGGUUUGUGUGCCAGGGCACGUUUGUACAUAUCCACGGAGGCUCUUCUAUCAGGAGUGAUGUCGCUACAACAAUGCCAGGCUGCCCGCGGUCCGAGACGGCAGGCAGUACCUGUCGUCCGCCGUUGAGCUGUACCAUGGCAACGUGAUGAGAUCUCCGGCUUUGUUAGUGAUGGUGCAUACUGGUGCAACCGGUACCUGGGAUGUGUGGCAAGUGAGUGAUGGUGCAUACUGGUGCCCCCGGUACUUGGGAUGUUGUGCGGCAAGUGAGUGAGACUUUCAGUGUUCUCCAAGCGCUCCCCUGCCCAUGCACCGUCUACUCUACGAGAGAGAAGACAGUUUCAUGUUGGCUGCGUCCGCCACGUGUGCCUCAACCCGGCCAGCAUCGCAGUACCAGUGCGAAUCCUGACCAGACACACCACCAAGUAGAAAGUUCUUGCCCCCCCCCCCCCUUACUCUUCCUUGGUUCCUAUGUGCAAUAACCCCCCAGUGAAGCCAAUCUGCUGAUUGCGUUUACAGGUGAUCUUAUCGUUUCUCCUUAUGAAGAUCAGCUUCAUUUCGGUCUUACCCUUUUUUUUAUCGCGGCCAUGACUCUUGCCGAUGAGAAAACUGAACAGUGGAGCGUUUCUUGUUUGCAAUGCUAGCAAGCAAGUCGGUCCACGUGUGCGUGUGUGUAUUACUUUAUUUCCACAACGCCAUGGCCAAGUUUCGUCUCUACCAACGGUGACUGUGCUUGGUGAACCCGUGCUUGUAGGGUGAUGUUCUGCUGCUGCUGCAGUGUACCCGUUACGGCAUCAUAUAUUGCCCGUGUACAUAAUAGCAACAGCAGCAGCAGCAGCAACCGUCCUACUCCUCUCUCUCUCUCUCUCUCUCUCUCUCUCUCUCUCUCUCUCUCUCUCUCUCUCUCUCUCUCUCUCUCUCUCUCUCUCUCUCUCUCUCUCUCUUAUUUUCGUUAGUGUGCUGGCCACACUGAGUAACCCGUCUGAUCUGCUAGCUCCAGGCUUUCCGGCCUUUCGAACCCAAACCCCACAUGCCACCAAUGCCUGACCACACUGAGUAACCCGUCUGAUCUGCUAGCUCCAGGCUUUGCGGCCUUUCGAACCCAAACCCCACCCACCACCAAUGCCUGGCAAUACUGUAUUUCAAGUUUCUUUUUCGGUAGAGAAAGUCUUCUCCUUCUUUUUUUCUCUUCACUGCACACGUUUUGCCAGCUGUCAACACCACCUGUGAUGGUGAGUGUACGCAUAUAUCUGCACAUAGAUUGGAGUUUCGUCAGGGAGUAGAUAUUUUACUACACCUCCCUGGCUUCGUAUUCUGUUGCCCAGCCGCCGCACUUCCCGAAAUUCCACAUCCUUUUUUUUAACCCAUGGUGACCGCGGGAGAGAAUGUAGUUCAGACGGGGAUACUCCCCCCUGGUGUGAAAGCUGGAGACUGUAUACUUAUAUUUUCCUUGUCAAAGCUGCCAGUGUGCCACUUGCAACCCGUAGUGCG